AUGGAUGAGAUGGACGCGCCGCAGAUGAAGAAGGAGGUGGAGAGUCUAAAGUAUCAGCUGGCUUACAAACGAGAGAUGUCUUCCAAGUCUAUACCCGAAUUAUUAAAGUGGAUUGAAGAAGGAGUACCCAACGACCCAUUUCUGAACCCGGAGCUGAUGAAGAAUAAUCCCUGGGUAGAAAGAGGAAAGUGCAGCAUCCUGUGA